AGGAGGCUGGCUGCAGUGCGCCGCUUGUCUUUUUCCUACGCACAUACGUCGAAGUCGCCGUCGGCGUCAGCAGGGAGCCGCCAGAGGCGAUUGGCGAAGGACUGUCAGUCGGCUGCAGGGGCUCCUGGGGUCUGUGAGCGGGGCUCGUUUUCUUCCGGUCUCGCCUUGUACAACGUCGUAGGAGCAACCUGCUAAGCGCACAGGGGCAAGCCAUCUCAGAGGUUGCACUGGCAACUUUACGUUUUCGCACGAGGUCCUUUCACACAAGAUCCACAAGGUCCGCCACUCUCUGAGUCUGUGUGGCUCGCAAAACUGCGCGCAAUUUGAAACGUGUUCCUGGGGCGACGACCGAGCGGCUGCAAUUCGGGACACCUAACUUUCCGCGGGGACACCUCUGACAAGGAGUCCGUCUAAUCCGACAGUUGCCGACCUCGUCGUUGUCACCCUCGUCACCGGUAGUGAGACUCUGCCAGCGGCCGAUAAUAGCCAUGCCGAGCACGGGCCAGGUACCGUCGCUGUCGGCGCUCCAGCCACCGCACGAAGACGCUCACAACAACCGCCACCACCACCACCCGGCUAAGGACCAGUACCGGGUGGUGGUACUGGGAGCAGCGCGAGUGGGCAAGACGGCCAUCGUGCACCAGUUCCUGUACGACGAGUUCCCCGUCGACUACUUCGCCACCAUCGAAGAGUUUCACACGGGCGAAUACGAGCUGGAUAGUUCCUCGCUCACGCUGGACAUCGUGGAUACGAGUGGCAGUUAUCCGUUCCCUGCCAUGAGGCGGCUGGCCAUCACCACGGCCGACGCGUUCGUGCUCGUCUACGCCAUCGACGACCCGGAGUCGUUCGAAGAGGCACGCCGAAUUCACGACCAGAUAGUCGAGCUCCACUCGGCCAAGGCUCCUGUAGUCGUGGUGGGCAAUAAGUGUGACCUGCCUGCUGCGAUGCGCCGCGUCAGGCGAGAGGUGGCCGAGACCAUCAUCUCCAUCGACUGGGAGCACGGGUUCGUCGAGUCCUCUGCCAAGGAGAACAUCAACGUGCUGGGAAUCUUCAAGGAACUCCUUGUGCAAGCCAAGAUCCCGUACGACCUGAACCCGGCAUCCGUGAACAAGAGGCGUCGCUCACUGCCCGUCUACCCGACCAGUCCGACCAUCAAAAACAAGACAGCGCUCAAAAGGAACAGCUGCGCCGUUUCAUAGCUGCGCGGUGGUCGUUGUUAUUGUUCUUUUAGAGAAACACAUCUUCUGGACAUGCGAUUGCCUCCAUUGCCAGUGACUGGCCUUUCGCUACCUGUGCCGUUGUGCUAAACUCAGCAGAUGAAUUCGCAGUGAAGGGAAGUGUCGGCAUCCCUGGGAUCAAGAUCAACACUUUGCCCGUGUCCAAUGCCAGUGAAACACUGCCCGGAUUCAGGAGGCUCCGAAAGUACCAGAACGACGUCCUAGUGAAACUUUGAGCUAAUCAGAAGACUGUUCGUCGUGGAAGAGGCAGGAACAGCUGCGCCCCCUGCAACACAAUAAUCACCCAGGGAAGGUCAGCGCAGUGGCGUGAAUAUUCAGCGAAUAACAACGUUGUAGGCUUGAAUCCGCAGCCGAUGGAAAGUCGUAGGAGAAAGAGAAGAUGACGUCUCGGCUUCACAAUGAUGGCUGGUCCCUGCCGUUGAUUGGGGACCUGUAGUUGUACAUACGUUUUUAUUUUCAGAAAUGUAUUCUUUAGCAGCUUGAGAUGCUGACCUCAUGUUUUCAUGAUGAUAAGAAUAACAAAAUAUAAAGUGGUUCCAGUAACUCACUGUCCAAUUCUACGUCGUCUACAAGGUUUGACCACGUUAGCGUUUGAGAGCGGUGAUUCAGAAGGCAAUCAGCAUGCGAAAAGAAUAUUUCAAUGUGAUGGAAAUUUCACUCGCGAAACCCGACUGUUACAAGUUUCUUGUGCUCGCAACGUACGAAGCUCAGCGCAAGCAAAGAACAAGCACCCUACCGCCAGCACGACACAGCAGAUAGUGACAUGGCUGUGACGCAACCUUGCCACGGGAUCCAUCAUUGGCUUCUCAUGAACACUGAAUGUGUGUGUGUGCCCCCGUGGCCUCUCGUGCCAGGAACAAUCUAACCCAGAUGACAAUACCAGUGCGCCUGUGCUGAAUAUCAUGAACUGGGCAACUAUGACUGAGCAGGAGAACAGACGCGUGAUCAGCGUACGGUCGACUUAUGUUGACUACCAGGACUGUUACACCUCGUCGCAAUGAAUUUGCGUGUUUCGGACAUUGCUCAUUCUGUCGGAACACCUUAAUUGCGACUAACAACACAUAAUCCGUUGCAGGCAUAAUAAACCUUGCCAGUGCGCGUAAAAAA